AUGGAUUUUAGUUUUGUAUAUCAUUUCAUCAAUAUUCUCUCUCUUCCUUUAACAUUCAUUCUCACAAUAGUAUAUAAAGAUCAUAAAAAUCAUCCUACGAUAGCAUGUUAUUCAGGAACUUUAUUUCUAGCAUCAUUAGUGUCAGGUUUAGUAGGCUUUAUUCGGCUAAUUCAGGGUUCAACGUUUGAACAAAAUAUCAUUUGUAGCUUUCAGGGUGUUAUGAUGAUUUAUAUUGUGCUUGCUUCGGAAAUAUGGCCCGCUUGUAUCGCUUUUAAUGUUUGGAUUCAGUUUAAUUUUGGUAGUGUGCGAUGGUCCAACAGGAGGUUAUUGUUUGUAUAUAUGACGAUAGGUUGGGGAAUACCUAUAGUUUUAACUCUCGCAGCUUUAAUAAAUACUAAUAUGAAUGGAGGUAUGAUUCCUUGGCCCAAUUAUUGUAUGCCUGCUCCAUCUAUAUUUCUUGUAGUUAUCUUUUUCAUAGGUGUAGCGGCCAUAACCACAACUUUAGCGCUCUCAGUUAGGGAUGUACUAUUAACAAUUAAAUACGACAUUGGCCAAUUAGGCGAUAAUUUCGUGGUUGUGAAUAAUUCGUUGAAUAAAAGGAUAGCCAUAUUUGGGAUCGCUAUUACGGCGCCCUUUUUCAUAGUUUUUAUUGCUAGUACUAUCUCCUUUCUUAUCGAGAAUCAACUUAAUUUUGUGUGGAUUAUUUGCGCUGACUUUGCGAUGUCAGCAAUGCCUUGGAUCACGUUCGUGUUUUUUGGUACCACAUCCGAAGCGGUUCGUAAAUAUUUACCAAGAUGCUGUUUUUCGAGUGGAAACCGUGACAAUGUAUCAGUAAAACCUUCUCGAUCUUUACGAAAAAACAUAAAUGUUCCAUCUUCGUCGUCACGUGAACCUUCUCUGGAUGAUCUGAUUGCGGUAUCCGAAGGAGAAAAAGUCUUUUCACAAACUCCACCACCGAACUUUGGAAUGCCAGGUGGCAGUACUGUGUCUAGCUUUAGCCAACGUGCUGAUCCAAAUUCACCUAAUCCAUUUUCUCAUCGUAAAAAUCCUUCUUUGACAAUUAAAAUUGACCCUAUUAAACCUGAUUACGGCUCAAAGAUAGUUAAUUCUAGGGUUUCACGUAUCCGAAAAGGCAAAGAAAGAGUGACUUCUAUAAGAAAUUCUUUUUUAUAUAAAACUCAUCCGAACAACUCAACCGAUGAUUAUAGUUAUUCAAAUGUAUUAUCUUCUGAAUCUAUGAAUAAAGACUCUUCAAAAAAUAGAAAAGCCGAUGUUUCGCAUGGAAAAUCAACGGCUUUCCAUGAAAUAGUAUCGCCAAAUCGUAGAUCUCCACGUCAAACGCGACACACUAUUACCGAAGGAAACAAGGUCGAAAAACAUGAGUUUCCAGGUGAACCAAAAAAAUAUCUUUUGAAACAAUUCUCAUUCGAAAAACGACACAAAUCUGAAUCUAUAAUCAACCUUCCAUCCGAGUUUGGAGUAAAAGUUCAAUCUCAAAAUAGUUCGCUCUCAAUUCCACAGACAGACAAUCAUUUAGUAACUAUAAUAUCGCCACCGACUACGUCACAUAUAACAGUUACAAAUAAUUCACAAAACAUAAUACCAUUGCCACAAUCGGAAAAUUCAGUGACACCAGAAACGUUGAUGGUUUCAGGACUUCAAAAUGAGCAAAAUCAGAUAACGGCAAGAGGCUCAUUAUCUUCAUUAAAACCACAAAUAGGACUAUCAGCGCCUCCGCAUAAAUCGUCCAAAGAGUCUCUAAAGAAUAAACCAAUACAUCAUUCAUUAAACCUCUCAAUAAAUAACGGUUCUUCCUCAUCGACAAAUGCAACAUUCGGAUCUCCAGUAACCCCAAAAUCAAUGGAAUUAAUAAGCACCGUUAAUUCCUUUCUCGAUGCAGAAAGUAGUAAUAAUAAUCCUUUAUCUCGCUCACCAUCGGUAGGGUUACCAUCAACACCUUCAUUUGGCACAAUGGCAGUACGUUCAACAAAAAGUAGACCAAAUACGCAAUUAUCAUCGUCAAGUUCAAAAUCCUCGAAAACAACAGUAUCAUCAAAUAACCGAAGUAGUACUAGUACCACAAGGUCUUCUAAUGGAUUUACUUUAACACCAAGAGGCAGUCGUGCUUUUAAUACUACACGACCUAUAACCAGCAAUGAUAAUGGAUUAUCAUCACUUGCUUCUGAUGAUGAUGAGAACGAAGAGACUUAG